AUGGCUAUAAUUAAACAUUUUUUCUAUCGCCUUAAGCUCAUCUUCGGCUUCAAUCAGAGUCAAUCACGUGCUUCUGAGGAGCACAGUUCUGAAGCUGAAGUCUGGAUCUUCCAAAGGAUAUGGAAGAAGUGGUUUGGGAGUAAAGAUAGGGACGCGGACAAGAACAAUAUUACCAAACAAGAUGAAAUUUCUGUUGGAAAUUUAACGGCUGAGGACAAAGAUGUGAUAUCAACAAGUUUGUCUGCUAAAUCUGUUUGUCCUGCAUUAUUUUCACGUUCAAGUCCUGAGGCCAUUAUUGAUGAAAAAAAAGCUUGUGAUUCAGAUGCUGCUGCUGAAUCAUCCAGCCAAAGAUCUAGUAUAUUCUCUCAGUUUAUGCGAUGGUCUAGAUUUUGGAGCUCCCCAGACUCUGAUCACGCAACUGAAGAAUCUCGAGAAAAUAUUGAACAGAUGAAAAAUGAUAAUCAGAAGCAUGAUGUUUUUAUGGAAGAGCCCUUUUGGAAGGAAAUAGAGGCAUUCAUCGAAACAUCCCAAGCUUCAGCUAUUGCCUUGCAAUCAAAGUCCAGGGACCAUCUGGCACAAAAUUUACAAAACAAGUGGCCACCAGUUCUCAGAUCACUUCCUCUGAUUCAAUGGCUAUUGGAGUUUGCCUUGUCGUCAUAA